UCCGUGACGCUCCAACGCGGGUACACGUAAUGCGCGAUGUUAUUUGGACGAUCGGUAUCAUAUGACGUUUGGCGGUGGCGAUAAUACAGUGUUGGUGGUGCGCGAUAUCGCGGUGGAAUAUACGAUUUCGUUCAACAGUGCUCUGCGGGUGUCUCGGUAAAGCUUUUUUCCGACGAAUUCAAGCGGAGGUGAAGAAAGGAAGCCUCGACAACAUCGCCUCAUAAGCUCGAGGCGACGACAUAGCGAGGACGGAUAUUGUUAAUCUCUGUUGCGCAUUUCGUCAACAGAACUGACUCCGUCGCGGGUUAACAAGGUUGACAUCCUCCUCCUCCUAUCACGAGGAUGGCGGACGCCGCCGUUAAUCUGAUCAUAAAGGCGCCGAAUCAGCAGAUCAAAGACCAAGUGGUGAAAUGCGAUCUCGGCUGGACGAUCGGCCGCCUGAAGGAAUACCUGUCCGAAGUUUAUCCCAGCAAACCAGAAAGUUCACACCAGAAAUUAAUAUAUUCCGGACAACUGCUGAACGAUUCAGCACAGUUGAAAGAUGUCCUGAGGCAGUGCAGCGAUUCGGAAGAUCAAGCAUACACCGUUCAUUUAGUCUGUACACCACAGAAAGCAUGGACCGGCAAAGUCACGUCGGAUCAAACCACCGAGAAUACGGAUGUGACAAGAAACAUCCAUAUGAGAACUAACGUUCAGAAUCCAAGUCACGAGAACGCUAAUGCCACCGCGCAACCUCAACAGAUGUACUCACCUCAGCAAUACUUUGAUCCACAAAAUAGUCAACAGUUAGCCUGGAUGCAGGCGUACACACAUUAUUUCACACAGUACAUGCAACUCAUGACUGCACAAGGCAUACAGUUGCAAGCCAGUGUUCCGUAUCUGCAACAGAUGAACAUUAACACGAACGAUACGACUCAAAACACAUACACAGCGAAUAGUAAUAACAACAAUAACGUCGGCGACGAACAGGCCCAAGCGGCGGUGGCGCAAGACGCGGCGGACAUCAACGCGGGGAAUAUGGGAGAAGAUGCCGCGUUUAAUCGCGACUGGUUGGACUUUUUCUACAUGUUGUCCAGAAUUGUUGUUCUGUUCGGCAUAGUGUAUUUCUACUCGUCCCCUCUCAGGUUUCUUAUCGUCACAUUUCUAGGAUUUGUGAUAUACUUGUAUCAGGGCGGUUUCUUUAGGGAGCGGGCGAUGUUACUGGCGGAGAACAACAAUGGUGGUCGCGCGGACAACAACAAUCAGGUGCUGCAAAAUGAAGUGAUGGGACCGCAGGCCGUGCCGCAGCAACAAAACGCUCAAGUGCCAACUGUGCAACCGGAACCACGGACGAACGCCAACGAGAACGAGGAGCAGCGACCAGGCGCUCUCGCCUUCACCUGGACCUUCUUCAGUUCGUUCUUCGCCUCUCUUAUUCCGGACCAGCCAAAUGUCAUUUAAUCCUGUCUGGGACCUCUUAUCAUAAAAGUCGUUAAGGCUUUCCUUUACUUCGCACUUUACGGAAUACGUGAUAUACGAAAUUCUAGAGAUAUUAGACGGUCUGUAGAGUCAUAAGCGCUUAAACUCGUGACGAAUUUCAUACACACACUCCACGAAAGUCUGAUCAGUUUUACGAAAUACGAUUUUUGUAAUUAAAUAUAAUAUAUAUAUAUAUGUGUACACACACACACACACACACACACACACACACACACAC